AUGUCCCGUGUUUCGUUGCUUCUCGCCGCCCUUCUUCUAACUACCAACUCAGCCUAUCUUUCCGAUUCAUGGAUGCUCAGCUCGGAACGGCCUGUAGGGCCACGCUGCGUGCCCAUACCACACAAUCUUACCAUUUGUUACGGCAUGCAGUACACUCAAAUGCGGCUUCCUAAUCUUCUCGAGCACGAGACCAUUAAUGAAGCUAUCCAUCAAUCCAGCGACUGGAAGUCGUUGUUGCAAUUGAAUUGUCACCCGGACACACAGCUUUUCCUUUGCUCCCUGUUCGCUCCCAUUUGUCUUCCAACAAUGGAUAAGGAAAUUCUCCCAUGUCGAUCAUUGUGUCAAGCUGUAAAGCAAGGUUGCGAGGGUAGGAUGUCCGUGUACGGUUUCCCAUGGCCUGAAAUGCUAUCAUGCGACAAAUAUCCGGAGGACAAUGAUAUGUGUAUCAAGGCGAUGAAUACGGAGAAACAAGGCAAGUUGGCACGCCCAAUGCACGCUCGGGACAUCAGCUGCCCAGCGUGUAGUCAGGUCGGAACAUAUGAGAAUCUCGUAGACCACUUCUGUCGCAGUCAACUAGUUGUAAAAGCUCGAGUAGACGCUGUUAGUGGAACUCAUAUCAGUCUACGAAACGCUAGGAGUCUGAAGAAAGGAGAUCGGCGGAGAUCUAUAGAUGACACAGAUGUACGACUGUCGUCGGAUUCAUCGGAAUGUCCCUGUAAUGUUACCGAUGGGGUGGAACGUAGAUUUUUGGUGAUGGCAUCGAAGAACAAUGACGGACAACUCGUUGCGAAUCUCAUACUUCCAUGGAAAAAAGAAAAGGGUUUCAAACGAGCAAUUCACCAGUUUCAAAGGCUAAACUGCAAGUCUCUUGGACGGGAGAUUCGUGAAAGCGCUUCACGACGGCCUCACUACUACUCCAUGAGAAGACAUAACCAGAGAAGGCUCCUGUAA